ACUGAGAUUUGAAAGCUUUGGAAGCUGCGCGCUUUACUGCCUAGUGUCUUAUGCAUUUUUGUGUAUAGAAAACGUUCUACUGCUAGUGUAAAACCAUCCUGGUGAAUUGCGUUUAUUGUUACGCGAAUUCAACACUCACUUCGUAGCCGGUUAAAAUGUCUGAAGGUCAGGAAAAUGUUCCGGAAGGAUGGGAGAAAAGAACGAGCCGGUCUACUGGAAUGACAUACUAUCUAAACACUUACACUAAGGAGUCACAGUGGGAUCUUCCCACAACACCGGCCAGUCCGGAGCAGGGCGCAGCCGAAGUUCAGUGUGCUCACCUGCUGGUGAAACACAAGGAUUCGCGUCGACCCAGCUCCUGGCGGGAAGAGAACAUCACUCGCAGCAAAGGGGACGCGUUACGCUUGCUGGAAGGCUACAAAAAGCAGAUUAAAUCAGGCGAGGCUACGCUACCGGAGUUGGCCCAACAAUUCUCGGACUGCAGCUCAGCCAAACGAGGUGGGGAUCUCGGAAUGUUCAAACGUGGAAUGAUGCAGAAGCCGUUCGAAGAUGCCGCCUUCGCACUGAAGGUUGGUGAAAUCUCCGACAUGGUGGACACGGACUCGGGAGUGCACCUUAUUUUGAGAUUAAAGUAAGGAUUUGAGAUCCCAAUAAAAUUUAAUGAUUAAAAGUCUAGUUUUUGGUUGAUAA